AACUAGAAGCUGGUUUUGACAAGAUCAAGGAGGAAUUGCCAUGAGCACAUAGAGGAAGUUUCAAAAACUUUCUGUGGGCGGGACCAUCUCCAGGAUGUGACCAAGACUUUCCCUCCCUUUCAGAGAGUCAAAAUCGCGCCUUUGGCUGCCAGGGUCAGGAGAAGGAGCUAUGGAGCCUGUCGCUGCCACCAAGGUCCUUUUCUGCCGCCUGGCUCUGCCAUGCUGUUUGACCCUGCUGUCUGUCUGUCUGUGUUCAGGCAGAGAAGAGUCUGCUUCCCUUUGCUACAGUUUCAAGGUUGAAAGGUCAAAUGGACAAUGGAGGAAUGAAGUCCAUGGCCUACUGAACAGACAGAAAAUUUUUGUCUAUAAGGAUUACCAGUGUCAUCCCAUCGAUGAUCACAGAAACAGAACGAAUGCCACAAAGUUCUGUGAAAAAGAGGCUGACACUCUGAAAAAUGAAGUUGACAUUUUCAAAGCAAUGCUAUCUGACAUAUUGGAGACUACACCAAUCAAUGGCACAGAGGCCCAUGUUCUGCAAGCCAGGAUGUGUUGCCAGUAUGAAGGAGGCAAACGUUUCAGGGGAUCCUGGGUCUUUCGUCUGAAUGGAAGGAACAUAUGCCAUGUUGACCCGGACACUGGAAUCUGGACUGAAUUGGAUCCCAGAUACAAGAAGAUUGUGGAUAAGUGGAAGAAAGACAGGGAUAGAGCUGCCUUCUUAGACAAGACUUCACAGGGUGACUGCAGGACCUGCCUUGAUGAGCUCACGUCACACUGGAAAGAAAAUCCAGAGCCUACAGGAUCACCAAUAAAGACCUCAGAUAUCACCCAGCCUACAUGUACCACCCAGAAUCUACCUACCAGGAAUAGCACCAAAGCCACGGCUUCCAUCCAGAUUCAACCUACACGUAACCUACAGAGUCAAAACAUGCCCGGGGUGAUUCUAGUUAUAGCAGAAAUGUUUGUAUUGCUGUUGCUGCUAUAGUAGUGAGAAAAAAUAGGUGCUCCCUGCUGCUCCUCUUCCUCUGCAGACCUCAUCGCCAGCUAUAAUUGGGUGACUCUUCAACAUAUUCCUGUGGUGUCUCCAGCAAAGGAAACGCAUUUCUAAUGACAUCUCAGAAAUCUGUGUAGUUGAGUUCCGACCAGAUUGGUGGGAACCCAUGAGACUGGUGCCUCUCAAUGCCUCAUGCACCAGGGCUUCAGAGUGCACCAGGCUGUUGCUUUAGGGACUUCCUCUUGCUUUGUUCCUUUACUUUCUCACUCUUACAUGAUAGCAUGGUGGAGAUCAAGCUGGGCAGGAUGCUAAAUUACUCCUCACUGUACAAAACAAGGGCUUACCCUGGGUGACCCUCUUAUAGAAGCAGAAGUUGGCUCCCUUCUGAGUGCAAUGCAGAUGUAGGGUAACAUGACACCUCACUUUCCACACAGACACAAGUCAUCCCAGGGCUAUCCAUGAUGGAAAGGCUAAUAAUUACUUUAAUCCCCGAAGUAAAAAUAUGUCAC